AUGGUCGUAACCGGUUUGAAAAUCUUUGGCCGAGAUCGCAGCCUCAAUGGGGCUGGGACGUUUCUCGAGGACCUCGAGGACCAUCACAAAUUCACGCUGGAGCUCCACACGAAUUCAGGCAUUGGGGGAUACAAGCUAAUGCCCGUGGUGGUCCCCUCAAUGAUGUGGAAUGUGUGGCCGGUUCCCAGCCGUACGUAUUGGAUAAAAGAUGUUCUAUUCGGCACAAGCGACUGGGCCGCCAUUAUGCCCCGCGGACGGAUCAAGGCCAAGUUGAACAUCUUGGAUAAGGGUGACCAGGUCGGCGGGGUUGAGAUUAUUAACGAUGAGACUUUAAGGACGGACAAAAUAAAUUCUCAAUGA